GCGCCGACUACCAGUAACUUUUGCUGUGUAAUCUGUACAAGCGCGGCUCGAACGCGUCUUUUAUAUUGAAUACUCUCUGUUAAAAUAGCUCUCGAAAUUUAAAAUGGAAUAUUUAAUCGGCAUACAGGGACCGGAUUUUGUCCUCGUCGCUGCCGAUAAUGUCGCAGUGAGCAGUUUUCUUCAGCUGAAAAAAGACGAUGACAAAAUGUUCAAACUAAGCGAGAAGAUCUUGCUGCUGUGUGUGGGAGAGGCGGGAGACACGGUGCAGUUUGCAGAGUAUAUCCAGAAGAAUGUUCAGCUCUACAAAAUGCGAAACGGCUAUGAACUCAGCCCAGCAGCCGCAGCAAACUUUACGAGAAAGAACCUCGCAGAGUACCUUCGAAGCAGGACACCAUAUCACGUCAACAUGUUGCUGGCGGGCUACGACGACACAGACGGGCCGGGUCUGUACUACAUGGACCACCUGUCCUCGCUGGUCAAGGCCCCCUUCGCCGCCCACGGUUAUGGCGCCUUUCUCACGCUCUCCAUCCUUGACCGCUACUACAAACCAGAUCUGACCAGAGAUGAAGCGGUGGAUGUGUUGAAGAAGUGCAUUGAAGAGCUGAACAGGCGCUUCAUUCUGAACCUUCCCUCCUUCACCGUCCGUUUGAUUGACAAGGAGGGCAUCCAUGACCUGGAGAAGCUCUCUCCCACCAAGUGACCGGUCCCUUUUUUUUUCUACCACUGACCUCCUUGUUCUUUCUAUUCCAAUAAAAAGUGACGCGCAGUUGAGAUAUA